CCUCUUCAGUGUUGGAUAUAAUACUGUUAUUAAUGUGGGCACUGUGUUCUUAAUGUAUACGAAGUAUACACCGGCAUUGCCUGACCAAUUUCCCUCACAUGGGUAAGUUGACUUGUAGUUGUGGUAAAAACACUUGCUAAACAUUCCUGCGCUGUGGAUCAAACCACACGAAUCACAAACGGACUUUUUGAUUACGAAGCGAACUCCAUAACCACAAGGCCACGCGCUAAAUCCCAAAAUUAAAGUUUUCCUUAAAAUACUUUGUGCAAACUUUAUGGCUAUUCUAGACUUAAGUUUUCAUAGCUAACUACAAUCCUGAGCGUAAAUUAUUGCAAAGGAAGGUGGGAUUUCAAAGCUCGCGGCCACAAGUAAUUGAGAAAGCCGUUUCUAAGUCAGUAACACGCAUUACUAACUUGUAAGCUCUCACGAUUUUAACAUUGUUCACAACGCACUCAAGACAUAAGACAACAUCUUGUGUGCUACGAAGCGAUUCAAUAAAUUUAAUUCCCUGCAAUUUCCGAAAAAUGGCGUGUAAUAAACGGACAACUCAAAUGGUCUAGGUGCAAGAAAUUAUACAAACUUUAAAACGACAUAGACGUCUAGACUACCUGUUUAUGUAAUUAAUUUCUUAAGAUGAAUUUGCUAAUUUUUUUUUUUUAUUUUCCAAGAAAGCUUGAUCUCUUCUUUCGGGGUCAGAAUUUGGAAGCUGGGGACAGUCCGUUGAAUAUUACCUCUGCGCCGUUUUCUUUCUGCGUCGUGUUGGGUCAGGUAAACAAAGACCAUCCUAUCACAUCUUAACUUCAUUCCCCUCAUUACUCAGCCUCGUCCCAACCCCACUUGUCUUGUCUGACAAUGGGGAAGGAGCUGUCUGCUUUAUCAAAAGUAUCACAUAAACUCCUGGGACCGAGAUGGCUUAUUACUAAUUUCUCCAGGCUUGUUUACUUUUGAUAAAGCUUAAAGAGAAGGAAUCUGGAUAGCUAAAAAGAAGUUUAUCCAGAUGAAAAUACGGAUUUAUAUAAAUAAUAAAUUAGCACCAUCUUGAGCAAGAAAUUUAACAGUUUAAGUAAAAGACACUAAUUGCGAAAAUACACAGUUUAAAAAUUUUUGUAGAGCCACAGAAUAGCAGUUUAUUGAAAAAAAAAAUAAUUACGUACAAUAUUUAGCUUUUAAAACUAUGACUACACUGUAGACAUUUUGUAUGACUGCGUAUUUUUAUAUUGGUCAUGAAAAAAUGUUCUGGUGAAUCAAAAGAAACAAACAUGUUGUUUGAGUGUUAAGAAGGGAAAAAGACAGAUAUCAAAUGUUGUUUUUCUUUUUCACACGAACGAACUCCUCGGAAUGAAAAUUUUAUGUAUUUUUCACACAAUAAUACUUUGCAACUCAUUUCUUAUGUCUUUUGUUUCAAUUCUUUCGUAAUCUUUUAUUAUUCUGUCUUGCUUGAUUUUUAUUUCUAUAUAAAUAUAUAUAUAUAUAUAUUCAUUGUAAUCCAUUUUAGUAUAAAAGCCAUUGAAAACUUUUAGGUGUAAUGAAAAAUAAGUAGGGGCAUAUAGUGUAAACAGAAAACAUAUGUAUCUUGUCUUGUGUCAAUAAUCUUAUGUUUGUUCUUCAUAAACUUAUACACUUAGGAUUUUCUUCAACUUCAGUGCAUAGGUAGAGCUUAUCAAAAUGUGGAAGAACGAUGCAAUUAUCAUCUGGAUCUUUACAUUUUUUAAACUGCUUGUUCAAACAGCUGGAAGAAAGGGUGUGAUCAUUGAGGGAGAUAUUAUAGUAACAAAAAAUGUUGCCAACAUUAUUCAGGAGUCACGUGGACAAAAUAGCGCAAAUAAAAGGAACGCAAUCAAAGCAGAUAUAUAUCGUUGGAAGGACGGAAUUAUACCGUACAUGAUAUCUCCUCAAAUUGAUGGACUAACCCGACAGUUGAUAUUAAGAGCUUUUGCUGAAUAUGAAAGAAUAUCAUGUAUCAAAUUUAUCAAAAAAGAAUUUUUAGACGGUUACGUUGAUUAUGUGAAAUUUAUUGCAGAUGAUGGUUGCUAUUCAGCUAUUGGUCGACAAGGUGGUAAACAAGAAAUAUCAUUGGGUGACGGUUGUAACACUUUUGGUCAUGUACUGCACGAACUAAUGCAUUGCAUUGGUUUCUUUCACGAGCAAAGUCGAUAUGAUCGCGAUUUAUAUGUGAAAAUACUUUGGUGGAAUAUUGCAGACGGUGCUUUCAAGAACUUCGCAAGUUACAGUCACGGCAAGGUGGACACACUAAAUGCGCCGUACGACAAACAUAGCAUACUUCACUAUGGCAACAAAGCGUUUACUAAAAAUGGUGGAAACACUGUGGAAUCACUUGAUAAUCCAAAUGAAGAGCUGGGAAAAGAGCAGCUGAGCAUAAUUGAUAUUUAUCAACUUAAUAAAUUGUAUGGAUGUUAUAAAGCUACUUGUUUUGAUAAGUACAAAAGCUGCGAGAAAAAAGCUAGAUCUGGUUGUUAUAAAGAUAUUAAAUUUUUUUCUGAGAUAUGUCCAAAAUCUUGUGGAUUAUGCUGAUCAGAUCCACAGAAAGCUAUCUCAGUUUUGACAUUCAAGAAUAUAUUAGCUAUUUAUUAUUUUUAUUAUAUGAUUGUAUCCAAAAUAGAUGUUAAAAUAAAAAUUAGCAAAUAAAAAUUAUCGAGAA